AUGGUCGAAAUUAUAGGCCAAAGUUCCACCACGCCAGGAACAGGAGGGAACAUAAUCGAUGUUAGUAAUCCUCUCUACAUACAUCCAUCUGAUAAUCCAAGUUUGAUCUUAGUUCCAGUCAGUUUUGAAGGAGUUGGUUAUCGAUCAUGGCGACGAGGUGUAAUGAGGUCAUUAUCUGUGAAAAACAAAUUAGGAUUUAUUACUGGAAAACUUAAACGCUCUUCUUCAACAUCGCCAAUGGAAAGAUGUGACAACAUGGUCAUAUCUUGGAUUCUUAAUUCUCUUAGCAAAGAUAUUGCAGACCGUGUAGAGUAUGUUUCUGAUGCAGUAAAAUCGUGGAAAGAGUUAGAAGAUCGAUAUGAUCAAACGAAUGGUGCUAAAUUGUUUCAAAUCCAAAAUGAUAUUAAUGAUUUAAGUCAGGGAGAUCUUGAUUAUACUUUGUAUUACACUAGGAUGAAGAAGCUCUGGGAAGAAUUGAGUAAUUUGAGUAUCAAGAACCAGUGCAGUUGUACUUGUAGUUGUGGGGGAAAAGAGACUAUGCAUAAGGCUGAACAAGAUCGAAGGUUAAUUCAAUUUCUAAUGGGUCUUAAUGAAGUUUAUACUGUUAUUAGAGGCAGUAUUCUGAUGAUGAAUCCAUUACCAUCCAUGGCCCAUGCUUUUGCUCUACUUGUACAAGAAGAAAAACAAAGGGAGUUUAAGCCACACAGUCACAUGUUUGCUGAAGGAAGUUCACUGAAUUCUUCUAUACGUGUUGGUUCAUCAAAUCCAUCAGGUGGAAGGGUAAAUUCUACCAAUGCUAGUUCAUCAAAUUCUUCAGGAGGAAGAGUAUUCAGAACAAAUUAUUCAUCGAGCAAUUAUCUUGCAAAUAAUAGGCCUAGACCUUUUUGUGAACAUUGCAGGAGACCAGGGCAUAUCAUUGACAAGUGUUAA